AUGAUUAUAAGUAAAUUUUUUAUUGUACUUGAUAUACACAGCGGUCAUUUUGGUUUGAACCUGUUUAAAAAUCAUACAUCGAUUAAAAAAUUUAGCAAGGUUAUGAUUAUGAUACGCGACGUUAAGCAUGACCUCUGGCCUAGAAUAAAUAGUUUUUUUAAUUUUUAUUAAACAAAUGAUUAUACUUUGAGAGUAUUUAUUCAAUUAUUAUUAUUACUCAAGUUUGACAGGUACAUAUUCAACUGACAUUAAGUUAUUACUAAAAAAUUAAAACAAACUUGCACUAUUUUGCUUUUAGCAUAAGUUCACAAUGUCUGAAGAAGAUUGGCGACAACCUAUUAACCGACAGCAAAUGAUUAGUACAAUAGAGGAAGAAAUAAGAAAAUGGCGUCUAAACUUACCAAAAUCUGCUACAGAUCUAGAAAAUGUGUGUUAUUUCAAAUCUAAUACGAAGGAUGAAUAUUUACAAAAUUUUUUAAGGACCAUAGGACAAAUAAGAACUAAAGGUUUAGAAAAAUCAAAUGAUUCAAAUAGAAUGCAGGGCAUAGACAAUGUAGGGACUCUACAAAAACUUUUACGUCUCCCAAAUAAUUCAAAUGCAUCCUUGCAUACAAAUAAUCAAUCAAAUAUGGGUCCACAAGGACAAAUUGGGAACAAUACUUCUAAUUUACUGCAAACACCAAAUCAACGUCCAACACAGCCAAUGAACGUUCAACAAGUAGUACAGAAUAAAUUAUCAGCAAUGAAUACAAUGUUAAACCCACUGAUGGGUAUGAAUCAAAUGGGUCAAAUGCAUAAUUUACCAGGCAAUGCUAUGUUAAAUCAAAUGAAUCAAACUAAUCAAAUGAAUCAGAUGUCCCAAAUGAAUCAAAUAAAUCCAAUGAAUCAAAUGAAUCAGAUGAAUCAGGUGAAUCAGGUAAAUCAGGUCAAUCAAGUAAAUCAAAUGAAUCAAAUAAAUCAAAUGAAUUCAGUGAAUCAGAUUAAUAGACUGAACCAUAUGAAUCCCAAUAAUCAAAUGAAUCAAACUAAUCAGAUGAACCAAAUGAAUCAAAUGAAUCAGAUAAAUCAAAUGAAUCAAUUGAACCAGAUAAACCAGAUGAACCAAAUGAACCAGAUGAACCAGAUGAAUCAGAUGAAUCAGAUGAAGCAGAUGAACCAUAUUAAUCAAAUGAAUCAAGUUAAUCAAGUUAAUCAAGUUAAUCAAGUUAAUCAAGUUAAUCAAAUAAAUCAGAUGAAUCAAAUGAACCAGUUAUCUACAAAUCCUCAAAUUUCAUCACAAGGUAAUCAAAGUCCUAUGGGCGGACUUGGAUCUAAUCCAAUGCAACAUACUAUUCAGAAUCAUAUGCCAAAUCAAAUUGGAGGUCAUUCAUUUGGAGGUCCAAGAAGUUCACCGAUUGCAUUACCAUCACAGCCAUCACCCUCUCAUGUACAGCCACAGCAUAUUAAUCAAGUCACUGUUAAUCAAAUGCCUCAACAGUUAAAUCAUAUGCAGCGCAAGCCAGAUAUUGGAAAUACUAACUUUCCUGGUCAAAGAAAUCUUACUCCGAAUCAUUUUCUUAAUCAGGCUCCUUCCCCAUCACUACCUAGCCCAAGUGGAUACCUAGGUCCUGGAAGCAAUCAAAUGGUUCCAUCUCCUGCUUUUGUACCUUCACCUAGUCCUCAACACCCAUCAAUCGGAAAUUCAAGGACGUCCAUGGUGGCUUUAUCGCCUAGUAGUUCAUUAAAUACUCCUGCUAGUGUGAUGAGUGGACCAACAGCAAGCCCAUUACAAGACGAAAACUAUCAUGCUUGUAAAGAAAAAAUACAGAAAUUGCGAAAAUAUAUUGAACCAUUGAAUCGAAUGAUUUUGAAAUCAAUUAAUGACGGAUGUACUGAAAAGGUGACAAAAAUGAAGGCACUCUAUGAAAUUUUAACAAACCCUAGUGCCAAUAUGAAAUUAGAAGUUUUACAAAAAUGUGAAAUAGCUUUGGAAAGAAUGGAUUUGAAAUCUGAUCCUAAAAAAUCUGAAACUCAAUCUGGUUCUAUUCUUCGUGCAAAUUUAAAAGACCAUCAAAUGUUGAAUCCACUACUGGAAGUAGUGAGCAAACAUCUUCAAACACCCAAUCCUAAUCAUACAUUACAUCGGACAUUUUCACCAACUAUAGAGUCAUUAUUUGGACCUCCAAUUAAAAAUAUGCCUCCUCCCUUAAAAAAGCAAAAGUUAGAAGAUAAUCCUAAUGAAAUACCAGAUGUUCUUCAAGGAGAAAUAGCUCGUUUAGAUCAAAAAUUCAAAAUCAGUUUAGACCCCACUCAACAAAGUGGCUCGAAAUGCAUUCAGUUGGUUUGUUCAUUAGAUGAUAAGCACUUACCUUGUGUGCCUCCAAUUUUGGUUACAGUGCCUAUGGAGUAUCCGAAAGUUUCUCCAAAAUGUAUAAUCAUUAAUCAUGACUACACAACUCCUUACUUAAGUAUGUUACAAAAAGCUCUUAACGAAAGGCUUGCUAAUUUGCCUGAAAAAUAUUCUUUAUCACAUCUACUUGACUUGUGGGAAAUGAGUGUUCGAGUAGCUUGUGGUAAAAAAAUGAGAAAUAAUGAACGUGAUUCUGUAGAACUAGAUAAAAUUGACAUAAAGACAGAUGUAUCUCUUUCUUCAAGUAAUUCAAACAGCUUUGGACCAAGUAGUACAUUUAUUAAAACAUAAAUGUAUAAAUGAUAUAUUUAAAUAACUUAGUUGAAUAGAUUAGGAUUCAAUAGAUAAGAAUGAGAACGUCAUUGAGUAU